AUGGACGCUUUGCAAAAGCAGGUGCAGUGGGCGCGUGACACCCUUGCUUUCCACCUGAAGACUUUGACUGCUCAGAUCGAGCAACACAUCCCUCAGAACGUCCGUGAAACAAUCCACAAGUAUGCUGCUGAAAUUUCCGCUACAACAACCCAGGAACUUCUCCAGGACGUCAAGAGCCUUAAAUUGACUGCGGCAACCGGUACUUUGGCUGCUACCGCCGUGACGUUGGCCAUUUUGGUCGCAAUGCUGCUGGGAAAAGACCACCAAACAGACAAAAAGAAAAGCAAAAAGAAGAAGAAGGGCCCUAAGUUGACAAAGGCUCAGCGUGCUAACAAGGAGAUCCAACGCAUUUUGGACUUUGUCGAAGAGACAUACGUGCCUCAAAUUGACCAAUAUAUCGAGAACUAUGGCACUUUGUCUGAAGAGGACAAGGAAUACAAGUUCAAGUAUUUUUCGGAAAUGCUUUUAAAGGAGUUAAUGAAACUCGAUGGGGUGGACGUUGCAGGCAACAAUAUUUUGCGUGAGAAUAGAAAGAAAGUUAUUCGUUUUGUGCAAGAGCACCAAAACCGUCUUGACAAAUUUCGCGCGGAAAUGCUAAAGUAG